CGCCCGGCGCGGCCGCAGCGGCGGAGCGGAGCCGCUGCCCGCCGCCGAGAUGGAGGACGACGUGGUCCUGAUCAGCGAUUCGGACUCGGAGACCAUUGACCUGACCUGUGAGGACAUAAAUACAGACGCAACCCUGUUGAGCAGCCUCGACACCAUCGACCUGACUGAGGACGGGUGCAGCCCUCUCCACUCCACCCUUGGAGAUACCCAAAGCCCCAGAAAUGCUGCCCCAGCAGCACGCAUGUCCCAUCCCCAACCCUGCCCCACAGCAGAAGAAGAAAUGCAGGCAGUGGCAGAGCCGAACCCUGCACCAGCAUCGCACAGCACUUGCGUGAAGCUCAGUUCCACCGUGAUCACAGCAGAAAUCAUGGAGAACUGCAGGAGCCUUUCUCCUGUCUCUAGGCGCCACAGCUGGAGCUCGGAGCAGGAUUACAGCACUACUGCCUUUUACAGCUACUCGGACUCACAGUCGGACUCAGACUGCCCAUCCCCAUCUCCCCCCAGCCUGGAGAGCAACAGGAGCUGGAGAGCUGAUGGCCCAGAGGAAGAUCCUCCCCAGCCCUGCCAGGAGAGGAGCCUCCCCCCAAGGCUGAGCCCUGCCCCUAUUCCUAUAACACCAGGAAAGGCCCAAAGGUCUUUGCCAGAAACAAGUGAGUUCCCACCAUACCAACAAAUCCAGCAAGCCACCCCAGCCAGGCCUGACGCUGACAGAAGGGCCAGGCUGGACAAACUGCACAAUUUCAGCAGGAGUGGAGUCCAGCAUCUCUUCCUCCAAGGCAUAGCACCCAACAGGGAAACACAGCAGAAACCUGGGCUCAUCCCCAGCAUGAAGCUGAGCAUGGUGCACACCACCAUGGAGGAGAACAGCCUGGAGGGCACCCUGGAUUUCCUGAACGAGUUUGUCACCUGCCAGCACUAUCCCCCCAAAGAACUCAUCUGCUAUCUGAUCAAAGAGCUGCUGUCAGACACCCAUGAAGGGGAGAUCCUAAAUGACAUAUACAUGCUGCUGAUGAAGAUCCAAGUGCUUCAUCCAGCCAACGUCGCCACGGUGGGAUGGGACUGGACACUGCUGAAAUUCAUCAUGGAGGACGAGGAGAAGCCCCCUGGCCGGCUCCUCUUCCUGCAGUACGUGGUACAGACCCUGGAGGACGACUUCCAGCACAACCUGAAGUCACACCAGCUGCAGAAGUCAAUUGCCAGGGAAGUGCUUUCAUGUGACUUCUGCUUCAGCAAUGUCAAGGAAGUGGUCAAGUGGUUGGUGGCAGCAGUUACAGGAGUCGGGUUCUCCCAGCCCCAGGAGCAGCUGCAAGAAGCCAGGGCUGAACACAGCUCAUCUUCACCAAGGCUGGCCAGCACUCAGACAGACCAGGCUCAGACAGCUUUCUUUGCCCAAAAGACGAUGCUCCUGCUCCAGCGGAUGUUGUCCAUGGCAGUGGAAGUGGACAGAUCUCCCACCUGCAGCUCCCGUAAGAUUGCAGAUGACAUGUUCCUGUUCAUACUGCACAUCCCCCUGAGGAGCCAAAGGGAAGCUUUAUUGAACACCAUGGAGAGCCAGCUCCUGUGCUGCAGACUGCUGGAGCUGUUAUUCCAGCACAGUUGUGAUGUGCCUACAGCCUCGUCCAUGUCUCUGGACAAAAUCCUGUAUUUCCUGAGCCACUCCUCUGUGCUGCCACAAUUCCAGGAUGAAACAGCAACAUGGCAGAGGUGGGAUGAGAUGCUGCAGUACUUUAGUUUGCUGCUGCUGAGCUACCAAAGUGUAAAACUGGAGCACCUGCGGACUUCAGUCAGUGACAGGAUGGAUCUGAUCGCUCAGAAAGCCAAGCCCAGGCUCCAGGACAGCGAUGACAUCAGGCAGCUGGACAUUCAGCUGAAGAUGAACAACUUCAUCGACAGAAUGGAGGAGACCCUGGGACAGCCUUUUCCCCCACAAAUCCAGGAGAAAUUGUUCAUGCUGCAGGAGUUGUUCCUCAUUGUCAUUGCUGCCUGAUGGAGACAACCACUGAAGCAAGGGGGACAAAACUUCAUGUUCUCAAUAUAAACCCCCUCAUCUCAUGCUGCAGUCUCAGCAUCAUGGGGGUUGGUUUAUACAGUUCAUUUGAAAGGUGUUUGGUUUACAUUGUCUCUGCAUUUCCAUUCAUGUUUGACUUGCUGUGCAGAUUUACAAAGCACU